AUGAAAAGGUCAUUUAGAAGGUUAAGCAUGUUUAGUAGCACUUAUUUGAGUCACAUAGCUAGCAGUAGUAGUGGUAAAGUUAAUAGGGGGAGUUAUGAUUUUUUGUGUGUGCAAGGGUUAAAGUUUGGAAGUAAAAAGGAAAAAAGUGAUAAAGAAACAAAAAAAUUUCGUAAUUUAUUGAAAAUAUCAGGAGUAAGAAAUAAUGAAAGAGAAGAUAAUGAUAAUAGAAAAGGAAAAGAAAAUGUAAAAAGAAUAAUAAAUGAAAAUAAUAAAGUAGAUUAUAAAUCAUAUGAUAUAAAAAUCGAAGAGAUUAUAAAAAAUUUUGAUAUAAAAAUAAAAAAACUAUUAGAAAAUACAUUAACUGUUGAUUUUUUUAAUAAUAUUGUAGUUACAAAAGAUAAGAAAAAAUAUAAAUUAUCAGAUCUUUCACAAGUAGUUAUUAAAUCAUCAAAGACGAUUUAUUUUUAUCCAUAUAUAAUUAGUGAUAUUCAAAAAAUAAUUCAUACUUUAAAAGUUAAGGAUAAUACUUGGAAUCCUACAACCCCUAAUGAUGGUCAAUAUAUAUUAUUGCAAAUUCCACCAUUAACUAAUGAAGUUAAAUUAAAAAAAAAAAAAGAAGCAAAGGAUUUAUUAGAGAAAGUAAAAAAUGAUAUAAGAAAUAUUCGUCAUAAAAUUCGAGACUUUAUAGGGAAAAAUAUUGAGGGUGAUGAAUGGAAGAUCGAAGAAAGAAAUAAAUUAGACAAUUAUAUAAAAAAUAAAGUUAAAAAUAUAGAGAAUGUGUAUGAAAAAUAUACUAAAAAUUAUUAG